AUGGAUAUCCCAUACAGAAAGAUUUUUAUUUAUAUUCUCACCUUUGCCGCCUACGCUUACACGGGCAUCGGUUCUACCAUGUUGAGAAAUCUCAAGGAUGCAGUCUUGUCUGCGGAAUCAGUAUUUGGUGAUGUAUUUCGAAAUGUGAUUACGGUGGCUGAGAAAUUUAAAUCUCUUCAUGAUGUUUUCGAUGCUGCUGUAGAAGAAGACUGUAUAUUCACGUGUCCAGAAGGACAUAAACCUGUGAGAAACAGAAAUCAUGUACCAAAAUCUGAUGGUUGCGGCUCGCUUGGUUUUGAAAUAUCAUCAGAUUAUUUGCCAAUAGAGCAAAUGACCAGGUGCUGUGAUGCACAUGACAUUUGUUACGACACCUGCAAUAGUGGUAAAGAGGCUUGUGAUUUAGAAUUCAAGAGAUGUUUAUACAAUUACUGUGAUACUUAUAAAUCUGUGAAUGUCGCCGGCGAUGCUAUUACCAAAGGUUGUAAAGGUGCAGCAAAACUACUUUUUACAGGAACUUUAACUCUAGGUUGUAAGUCCUAUUUAGAUGCCCAGAAGAAUGCAUGCUAUUGUCCUCCGGCCAAAAACAAAUAUAAGAAGUAUACUACAGGAAAUGAUGAACUAUAG